AUGUACCAUGAAACGGCUUUAGAUCGUUGGAAACGAUUCACGUAUAUCGAUGAUCUCCCAGAAGAAAUAAGCCCCUUUCGUGAGCUGCUAGAAGAAUAUAGCAAAGUGCCCCCUGGCGAAACCGAUGAACUUCUUAUCAAGACACGUAGGAAGCUCUGGGAGGUAGCCAUGUACCCAUGCAUCGGCCGGUGGAGCUUUCUUAAUUUGCGCAGCGUGCAAGACUCUCAUUUCAAGACUGCAUUCGAACGACUGAAGAAUUCGACUGGUCUUGAUAUGGAUUCGAGCUCUACAGACACGCUCCUUGAUAUUGGAUGCUGUGUUGGCCAAGUGUUACGAAAGCUGGUGCAUGACGGAAUCGAACCGACACGCUUGUUCGGCACGGAUCUGCACUCUGAAUUUAUUUCUAUUGGAACAGAGCUAUUCGAUGAUGAAGGAUGCGGGUUGACUUUUGCAGCCGGCGAUAUGUUAGACCCCGAAGAUAAGGCUUUGGAUACGCUGGAUGGCAAGAUUACGAUCAUACAUGCAGCGAAUUUCUUCCACCUAUUCACAUGGGAAGAACAAGUGAAGAUUGGGAUGAGAAUAACACGAUUUUUGAAGCCGGGAGUGACUAACGCCCUGAUUUUUGGUAGACAAAUCGGUACUCAUAAUCCAAGAGAAAGAGAUGGACGGAAGAAAUCCUUCCUACACAACCAGGAAAGCUUUCAGAAAUUGUGGGAUGAGGUCGGGAUGAAAACGGGAACUCGGUGGCGUGUACAGGUGGGCAUUAGUGAAGAGAGAAGGGUUGACAUUCCAGGGUUUGGGGAUAUGGACAGAUAUAUUCGGUUUGGCAUAUAUCAAUCAGCACUGUAG